ACUUUUAUUUUUUAAGUUACAGAGCUGUCAGUGUAUGAUUAAAGCUUAUAGAUAUGUUAUCGUAAAAAAGGCAAGGCGCAACAAGUGUCAAGUAAGGCUGUAAUCAAAGGGCGGAACCAAUGGGGCGGUACUAGCUUGUGUAUAACCAUUAGGUCAUUAAAGCUUCGUGGUGCAUUUUUACAACUAUCACUGGGAACGAGGUUGAAAGAAAUUGUUUAAAUGAGUCUUCACGUAGACCAUCGUAUAUUAAUCUUUCUCAGAAACAUUAUGCAACUUCAGAGGGUGUAUUUUUACUAUUGAUUUUAAUCAUGUAUUUUGCAUUGUUUGCCGUAUUUACUUUGGAUAUUUGACUAAAGCAAGAUUUCAUAAAAACAUUUGAUCUAAAAAGUAUUUUUAAUGUGGACCUAUUAUGCUAUACUUAAAUAUGUCACGAUUAUUUGACAAGUCAAGCGAACUUGAAACCAAUUUUGAUUGAAAAUUUCUCUGCAGAUUUUGCGUGGGGUGAAUCAAUGGAGCUUUCAAACCAUUUUUCGCUAACACGAGGAUUAAAGUACAAAAUUAUGGGCAACGAAAUCUCAUUUAAAUAUGGUUCGCCUAAAAAUCCACACAGAAGGAGAGCAUGUACCUAUGAACACUCUUCCCCUUUGCCUGCAAGGGCUGUAGUUACACCCGGCACGCCGUCAAACGCGUCUAUGCGUUCCGCUACAUCGAUUCAGUCUGGAUCUUCGACGCUUUCCGACUUGUCGGACGACAUUUCGACGGCGUCGUCGUUAUCUCAGGAGUAUUGCUACCAACGCCGUAAGUCAACAAUUUCCCACGAAAGAAAUUCACCGAGAAUUAAUACAAUCCGAACUUUAUCAUUGCGGGGAGUCCAAUCGGAACCAAAACAUAAAGAAACGGAACUAAAUAAUAAUAUUAUUGAAAGUGAUGACGUUGUAGCUGUGAUGAAGAAAAAGCACAAACGAGUUAGAAGAAGAAGAUUGGCCUCCAUAUUGUCAAGCGAGAGUGAACUGAUGGACCUUUAUGAAAUCCAAGAAAAUGUCCCUUUAUAUAUAAAUUUAAAACCACUUUUUCAUGUAAACGACACAUCAAAAUUGAUAACAAAAUUUUUGAUGACUAUUACAUUGAAACAACUAAGUAUGAAAAAAGUCGCUCAGACUGGUCAAAUGUGGGAAGCGCAGAUUCAAUUUUACGAAGCUGGAAUUACGCUUGGUGACCAAGAUAAAAAAACUGAAAAUACGGAACCAAGACUCGUAAGAGCUUUUACAUGGUCAGGCCAGACAAAAAGUGUGCAGUUGAGUACAGAAAAUAUAAAAUUUAUCGGCCAUUUUACACAUCAUAUCGAAGGUGCGUUGCGUUAUUUGGAGUUCGAAUUGAUACUUCGUCCCUGCAGAAAAAGCAACAUAACCAAUCAAUUGAUCGUAGCAACACGUAGCGUUUCUCUUAUUGGAAGUUGUUCAACUGAAAAUUUAGAAGUUGACGAUGAGAAUCCAGAUGGCAUGCUGGGAACGUUUAUGUUCAAAGACACACGCAAUACGAAACAUAACACUGAGUUUUUCUGGGCCGCUAAAGCAUUACGUAAUGUUAAAAAUGGUAGCUUAUUUAAAACACUGUCGAAAAUACAUUCCACAUGUAUUUAAAAUUAGUUGUAUUUAAAAAAGAAAAAUUUAUACGUUGUUAAUCUUA